AUUUUGAAAGUCAUCAAUCGGCUGAAUUCAGAUUGCACCAACAUGGUCAAGUUCUUUGAACAAUUCCAACACAUGGAACAGACCUGCUUGGUGUUUGAGAUGCUGGACAGGAGUCUCUACGACCUGCUAGAGCAGCGAGAGUGGGAGCCCCUUCCUCUACAUGAGAUCCGUCCAAUUGCCAAGCAGCUCUUGGUUGCCUUGGAUGCCCUGAAAGGUCUUGGCAUACUGCACACGGACAUCAAACCGGACAAUGUCAUGCUUGUUAACAUGCAGGACCAGCCGCUCAGGGUGAAGUUGAUUGACUUCGGCUGCGCUAUGACGGCGUCCCAAGCCGAGCUGGGGAUGGAGAUCCAGCCAUGUGGGUAUAGGGCUCCAGAAAUUUGCCUUGGCCUCCCAUUCACCGAGGCCAUCGAUGUGUGGGGGGUCGGGUGCAUACUGGCGUUCCUGUACCUGGCUGAAAACCUGUUGCACGUACACUGCCAAUAUCAAAUGAUGAAGACCUUGGUUGACGUGCUGGGCCAGCCGGGGGACCCCCUGCUCUGUGCUGGCAUGUACAGCCAUCUGUUCUUCAUUGAAGAGGAGGCCGAAGAUGGUUCAUCAUGGAGACUGAUGACGGCAGAAGAAUUUACUGUCGCUAACAACAUGAGACAAAAGAAACGUGACAGCUUUCUCAAGCUUCCGGACUCUCUGAGCGGCCUGAUUCAUAUCUAUCCAGAAUUGGAGGCCAUUGAGAUGGAAGACCGCGUGGCAUUUGUGUCUCUGUUAGAAGGGUUGCUGCAUCUUGACGGGGAUGAGAGGAUCUCUCCUGUUGAAGCUCUGCAGCAGCCCUUCAUUUCCAUGAGCCACCUGAGAGAGGACGUCGACAGCCGAGACUACCUGACCACCUCCAAAACAGCAAUGAGGGUCUGUCCAACUGAGGACAGGGUCCACUUUGCAGCCCCAGAUAGUGGAUACACUGGCUCAGAACCCUCUGGCUCCAUGGACGAUGUCUGCUUGCUUUCAGAUGUGGCUCUCAACUCCAUACCUACCACCUGCUCCUUUGGAUUCAAUAACAUCUGUGACGCAGUCCCCUGGGGUUCAGAUGACGUGGUAUACGUCACCGCUGCAGCCACAGGCGGCAGGAGAAAACUGCUGAGGCGAAUUAGAAGAUUCUUCUCAAGCAUCUCAAGCUGCUUCCGCCCAAAUGUGGAGGACUGAAUCAUUAUUUAUUUAUUGGUGUUUUUAUAUUUUGA